CUCAGCCAUGCAGCUGUUGCUGCUGUUAGCCGUGCGCUGUCUCUGGCUGAGCUGGGUCUGCGCCAUGCAGCACUACCCGGCCUCAUGGGGGCACUACGACGUGUGUAAGUCGCAGGUUUACACGGAGGACAGAUUGGCCUGGCAUUACAUGGCCUGCCAGCCUGAGGCCACCGACAUGACUAAAUACCUGAGAGUGAGCCUGGACCCCCCCAACAUCACCUGUGGAGACCCUCCGGAGAUGUACUGCGCUCUGGAGAACCCGUACAUGUGCAACAAUGAAUGUGACGCGGCCACGGAGGAGCUCGCCCACCCGCCUGAGCUGAUGUUCGACUUCGAGGGUCGAAACCCCACAACCUUCUGGCAGUCGACCUCGUGGAAGAAAUACCCGAAGCCCCUGCAGGUCAACAUCACCCUGUCCUGGAACAAAACCAUCGAGCUGACGGACGACAUCGUCAUAACCUUCGAAUCGGGCCGACCCGAGCAGAUGGUUCUGGAGAAGUCUCUGGAUUUCGGCAGGACGUGGCAACCGUACCAGUUCUACGCCACGGACUGCCUGGACGCCUUCACCAUGGAGCCAAAGGCGGUGCACGAACUGACACAGCGCACACUGCUGGACAUCAUCUGCACCGAGGACUACUCCCGAGGGUACGUGUGGAAAUACGACAAAACCGUUCGCUUCGAGAUUAAGGACCGCUUCGCCCUCUUCGCCGGACCACGGCUGCACAACAUGGCCUCUUUGUAUGGCCAACUGGACACCACCAAGAACCUGAGGGACUUCUUCACCCUCACUGACCUGCGGAUCCGGCUCCUACGGCCUGCUACAGGCGCCACGAUGGUGGACGAGAACAACCUGUCCAGAUACUUUUACGCCAUCUCGGACAUCAAAGUGCAGGGCAGGUGUAAGUGUAACCUCCACGCCAACAGCUGUGUGUUUGAGAAAGGAAAGCUGAGCUGUGAGUGUGAGCACAACACCACGGGGCCGGACUGCUCACGCUGUAAAAAACACUACCAGGGCCGAGCGUGGAGCAUGGGCUCCUACCUGCCCAUCCCUAAAGGCACCGCCAAUAUCUGUAUUCCAAGCAACCUUGGCACAGCAGUUCGACCAAAUGUUUCCUCUCUUGGAGUGGCCAAUCGAAACCAAGCUCGAGUCUGUGAUAACGUCCUCCUGCGCUGUCAGAACGGAGGUGUUUGUCACCAACACCAGCGCUGCCAGUGUCCAGCGGGUUUCUCUGGGGUUCUGUGCGAACGGGUCCAGUGCCAGGGUGAAUCCUGCCAGGAUCUUAACUCUGGCCAGGCCAGCCACAGCCUCCAGUCCAGUGGUCAGUUUCUGGUCAUUCUGCUGGUGUUUGUUUUCUCCAUGCUGGACACCUGGGAUCUAUCAUCACUCUGAGUAAAUAAAAGUGACGGUCAUCGUGAGCAGCAACAGUAAGAAUGAACUGAGAAUUGUGAGCCAUUUGGGUUGGUAUGCUGGUCUCGUUGGACUUUUAUACUGAGCCACCAGCCUCCACUGAGCCAGAAUGAUCAGCCAACUGACCUCUCCAAGCUUUGGCCACAAACAAGUUCUUUUAUAGCAACUGUUGUGAGGUUGGAUACGCUUUACAGACCACUGGUAAAAACCCCAUUCAAGCUGAUGAGAAACAAGUCUUUGUCAAAGAGCCUACAAUUUGAGUGCGCUAUUAAGGGUUAAUUGUGCUUUUAACAUUGUUAGCUGUCUAAGCCUCUUUAUCUCUCUCAGUCGCUGUCUCUGAGUAGCUUGACCUGCAACAUUUUUGUGUGUUUUCUGAUCUGCAAUGUGGGUGUAUAUACUGUACCAUGCAAAAGUCAGAGACCACCCUUUCUUUUAUUUUAUUUGUAAUCAAAACAGCCAUUUAUUACAAGGUAUUGAUCUUCAGAAGAAAUUUAUGAGGAUAUUAGAUAUAAGAUAAUCCACAAAGUGAAAAAAAAAACAGAAAAUCUGACU